ACCUGGGCCUGUGGUACAGUUUGCUAAGCCCAAUUUAUAUCACCAGUUCCAUUCGUACAUAUAAAGCCCGCCAAAACGGAACCCUAAUUUCGCGAUUUGCCAUUGCAGCUUCCUUCUGUUCCGAUUCCAGUUAAUCAAAUGGCUCGGAUCAAAGUUCAUGAGCUUCGUGGCAAAUCAAAGGCCGAUUUAUUCGCUCAAUUGAAGGAUCUGAAAGCUGAGCUUGCUCUUCUUCGUGUCGCCAAGGUCACUGGUGGUGCUCCCAACAAGCUCUCAAAGAUAAAAGUUGUGAGGACCUCAAUUGCGCAGGUGCUGACCGUGAUUUCACAGACCCAGAAAUCAAUGCUUAGAGAAGCUUACAAGAAGAAGAAGUACCUCCCGCUUGAUCUGCGUCCCAAGAAAACCAGAGCCAUUCGCAGGCGGCUCACCAAGCAUCAGGCUUCGUUGAAGACAGAACGAGAGAAAAAGAAAGAGAAGUACUUCCCGUUGAGGAAGUAUGCGAUCAAGGCUUAGGUUUGGUAGUUUUAAGAUUUUGAAUUUGAAUUUUGUGUGUUCUUUUAUCGGUUUGUUGGAUUCGGAAGGUUAUGUUAACAUUGGAUCAAAGCAUUUUUGAUAAUCAGAUUUUGAUCAUCAUUUGUAUUUGAGCAUAAAUAGUUGCCUUUUCAA